AUGGAUAAUCGGGAGUUUACUGUAUGCAAUAAGGAGUCUGGUGAUGAGGGCUUGCUGGCUGAUGAUUUUGGUUCUGAUGACAGCGAUUCAGAUGAAGAUGAUGAUGAUGAGCUGCUACCUAUUGAAAAAGCUUCUAAGAAACUAAGAAAGAAAGAAGCCAAAGCAAAAGAGUUGGAAGAGGCUGAAUGUAAAACUAAUAUAGCACAGACGGAAAUUUUUACCCUUCCCAGUGGACAAGAGUUAGAAAAAGAGAGUGUUGCUUCUCCUGAUUUGCUAAUUGUAAGCCAGAGAAUCAAGGAUAUAGUUUUUGCUCUGGCUGAUUUUAAGAAUCGUCGUGAAGACGGCAGAACAAGGUCUGAAUAUUUAGAUCAGCUGAAACAAGAUUUAUGUACAUACUAUUCUUAUAAUGAAUUUUUGAUGAGCAAACUGAUGGAGUUGUUCUCACCGUCAGAGUUAGUUGAAUUGUUAGAAGCAAAUGAAGUUCAAAGACCCGUGACUAUUAGGACGAACACCCUAAAAACGAGGAGAGGGGAUUUGGCUCAAGCUUUGAUAAACAGAGGAGUAAAUCUGGAUCCAAUUGGGAAAUGGUCCAAAGUUGGUUUAAUUGUGUACGAUUCACAAGUGCCAAUAGGUGCAACUCCUGAAUAUCUUGCGGGACACUACAUUUUACAGGGAGCUGCCUCUCUUUUGCCCGUCAUGGCCCUUGCCCCGAAAGAAGAUGAAAAGAUCUUGGACAUGUGUGCUGCUCCCGGUGGAAAAACAACACAUAUCGCUGCUCUAAUGAAGAAUACUGGCAUUUUGUUCGCUAAUGAUGCAUCCAAAGAAAGAGUUCCUGCCAUAAUCGGCAACAUACACCGGUUAGGAAUCACCAACACUGUUAUUUCUUCGAUGGACGGGCGUGCUUAUCCCAAGGCAAUUGCUGGUUUUGACAGAGUCAUGUGUGAUGCACCGUGCAGUGGAACUGGCAUUGUUUCUAAAGAUCCUAGCGUUAAAGCAUCAAAGGAUGAAAAAGACAUUCAACGCUGUUCCACUAUUCAGAGACAGUUGCUGAUGGCUGCUAUAGACUGUACAAAUGCAAAUUCUAAAACAGGAGGCUAUAUUGUGUAUUCAACAUGUUCCAUUUUGCCUGAGGAGAAUGAAUGUGUUAUCGAUUAUGUUUUGAAAAUGAGAAGCGUGAAAGUAGUUCCCACUGGUCUGGACUUUGGCAAAGAAGGACUAGCAAAGUAUCGAGCGUACAGGUUCCAUCCUUCGCUCAAGAAUGCUCGAAGAUUCUAUCCACACACUCAAAAUAUGGAUGGAUUCUUCGUGUGUAAGCUGAAAAAGUUCAGCAAUAUAAUACCGGGAACAGUUACUGAGAAAAAGAAAACAGAGUCUGAAGUCGGUGCUGCUGCACCAUCUGAUGUGAAAGAUUCAAAGACAGAUGAAGAUGGCGAUGAAAAAUCUUCCCAAAGUGAAGCUGAAGAAAAACCGACUGAUACUGAGCUGAAACAAAGAAAAAAGUUCAAGAGAGAAGAUCAUAAGAAAGAAAAGAAGCAGAAGAAAGGUGCUGAUAUAAAAAUAAAGACUGAAAUAAAGAAGGAAGAAAAUGCGAAAGAAAUGAAUGGUGGUGUUAAAUCGCCAAAAAAGAAAUUCAGAAAACAAAAACUGUCCAAGUCCAAAAAAUUCUCUGAGGGAGUAAGAUCCGGUAAAAUAAUGAAAAAGAAAAACUUCAAGCAUAAAAAGAAACAGCAAGGCUAAAGCAAAAAUUCUUGUAAAAGUUUACACAUUUCCUAUAUCGCAAUUGUAAAUAAGUUACAUUAUGCAAUAAA